CAAUGUCAAACAAGCUUGAGUCGGCUGGAUCAGCGGAUUGCAACAUCCCCCGGCAGUAAACAGCAGGCAGGAGGCAGACUGCAGGUACCGCUGUCAGAUCACAUGCAGUUUGAAGCUGUGUGCGCAUAGCAGCGAAAGCGAGUCUUCUGUGUUUAACUCACCUCAGGAAACAUGAACUCUAUCUCUGGCAAGAGUGUGCUGUCUCUGUGCAGACGGACCUCCGGCGCCCUUAGGUCUCUAUCCAGCCCGGCUCCGGCUGCUCUCUCCGCCGGCAGACCGCUGCUCCUCGCCGGGCUGAGAGUGUGCCAUUCGGACGGGAAGACCAGGCCCAGUAUUAGCACCAAAAAACGGGGCUAUGAUAUCACCAGAAACCCCCACCUCAACAAGGGAAUGGCGUUUACCCUGGAGGAGAGGCUUCAGCUGGGCAUCCACGGCCUGCUGCCUCCAUGCUUUCUCUCCCAGGAUGUUCAGGUGCUCCGAGUAAUGAAGAGCUACGAGUUACGCAUAAAUCCAUUGGACAAGUAUAUCUUGCUGAUGACCCUGCAGGACAGGAACGAAAAGCUGUUUUAUCGUCUGUUGACUUCUGACAUUGAGGAGUUCAUGCCUAUAGUUUACACUCCCACUGUGGGCCUCGCCUGCCAGCAGUAUGGCCUGGCUUUCAGGAGACCACGAGGACUUUUUAUCACCAUUCAUGACAAGGGCCACAUUGCCACCAUGCUGAACUCAUGGCCAGAGGACAACAUCAAGGCCAUUGUGGUAACUGACGGCGAGAGGAUCCUGGGACUGGGAGACCUGGGCAGUUAUGGAAUGGGCAUUCCAGUGGGCAAGCUGGCGCUCUACACAGCAUGUGGAGGAGUGCAUCCUCAGCAGUGCCUGCCCGUACUGCUGGAUGUGGGCACAGAUAAUGAGAAUCUCUUGAAUGAUCCCUUGUACAUUGGACUGAAGCAUAAAAGAGUGAGGGGAAAAGAAUAUGAUGACCUCAUUGAUGAGUUCAUGCAGGCUGUCACAGACAAGUAUGGGAUGAACUGCUUGAUUCAAUUUGAGGACUUUGCCAACAGCAAUGCUUUCCGCAUUCUUAACAAGUACCGCAGCCGUUACUGCACCUUCAACGAUGAUAUCCAAGGCACAGCAUCAGUGGCUGUUGCUGGCAUACUUGCUGCUCUGAAGAUCACCAAAAAUAAGCUGUCUGAUCACAAGUUUGUGUUCCAAGGAGCAGGAGAGGCUGCUUUGGGCAUUGCUCAUCUACUCAUCAUGGCCAUGGCUAAGGAGGGAGUGUCGCAUGCUGAUGCUGUCAAGAGGAUCUGGAUGGUGGACUCUAAAGGGCUUAUUGUCAAGGGCAGAAGUCACUUGAAUCAUGAAAAGGAAGAGUUUGCCCAUGAACAUCCUCAUAUAAAGACUCUGGAGGAGGUGGUGGAAACCAUCAAACCUACAGCUGUCAUUGGUGUGGCAGCCAUUGGAGGAGCUUUUACAGAGAAGAUCCUAAAGGAUAUGGCCUCCUUCAAUGAGAGGCCCAUCAUCUUUGCCCUCAGUAAUCCUACCAGCAAAGCAGAAUGCACAGCAGAGCAAUGUUACAGACUCACAGAGGGUCGUGGGAUCUUUGCCAGCGGCAGCCCCUUUCAGAAGGUCACUCUUGCCGAUGGACGCACCUUCUACCCUGGCCAGGGCAAUAAUGCUUACGUGUUCCCUGGAGUAGCACUUGGAGUCAUCGCCUGUGGAGUGCGCCACAUAUCAGAUGACAUUUUCCUCACCACAGCGGAGGCAAUAUCGGAGAUGGUUACAGAGGAGCAUCUGGCCGAGGGGAGAUUAUACCCUCCCCUUAGCACCAUCAGAGAAGUGUCCUUUAAGAUUGCCGUGAAGAUUGUAGACUAUGCCUACAAGCAAGAUGUUGCAUCAUGGUAUCCAGAGCCCAAGGAUAAAGAAGCUUUUGUGUUGUCGCAUAUCUACAGUGCAGACUAUGACUCCUUCACACUGGACUCCUACACAUGGCCCAACGAAGCCAUGAAGGUCCAGGAUGUGUAGCUACCUAGCCUCUCUUUCCGCUCUCUACAUAUCAGUACCAUGUCUCAUCUUUCUGUUUUCUUCUGCCAUGCUUUUACAGUUCAUAAUGGUUUCACCUUUGCAUUUAGUGCCCUAUAUGAUUAGACUUUUGCUAAGUUAAAAGUAGAACCACCCAUUCUCAAGACGUCUCUCGUGCCCACACAUAUGCCAAAGAGUCUGUCUGUGCGAUUCAUCAUAUCUGUCACAGAGAUGUGCUGCAUAUGCUGGAGGUGAAGUGACAUAAAUAGCUGUCAGUCAGUUUUUUUUUAGCUUUCUGGUCAAAAAUAAUAGCAGCACAUCAUGUCCUUAAAAUCGAGGAGACUGUGGAAAAAUGUAGCUUUUAAAUAGGAAUAGUUUUUAACACUUUAUUAUUUAGUCCCUUUUUUUGAGUGUGCACUCCAACAUAUUUAUUUAUAAAAGUUCCCUCUUUAUUUAAGCACUCCUUUGUUUGCAGCCCCCAAGCACUGACUCUCACUGACUCCAGUUUAGGGAAAGAUUAUUUUUGUACAGUGACUGCCAAUAGCAACUGAUGGAAUGUUUCCAGCCAGAGGGAAUGGUUUUGUUUGUGAGAUAGCAUCAUACUUAGAGUAGGUUACCUCUGAAUCGGUAUGCUGUGUGUUUUUGUAAAAAGGGCCAUUUGUGUUGGCAUAAGAAUUUGCCAAAGUAUGUCUUGUAUGAACUACAUUGAACUCCAAUAGCAGUGAAUAUUGUUAUCCUCAAAAGAUCACUAAUUGUAUGUAAAGUACCACCUAGGUCCUCAGCUGAUAACUAACAUAUAUUUAUGUGCCCUGUGCGAAUGGAUGAAUUACUGCCAUCAUCAUUUAUAAACAUGCUCUGCUUAUGAGUAAUGCACUA